ACAGCGACGAUGAGGCCAGUGAUCCUGUGUGCGACGGGCGCAUGGCUUAGCCAGGCCAGCACCGAAUACACCUGGCCUUCUCCUCACGAUGAGCUGGAAGACAUCCUGUCCCUGCAAUCCGGUCUCUAUGCACGCAACUUUGUAGCAGGCGUAACACCCUGCCUGCAGGGCGGCAACGUCAAAGGCCGUCAAAAUGCCGCCGAGUGGAUCCGCACGGCCAUGAGCGUCAUCGUCUCGCACAGCGCGUGCGGGGGUCCAAACAUUCCCAGAAUCCCGUUCCGUGCUGGCAGGAUCGACGCUUCGGAGGCAGGACCGACUGGCGUUCCCGAGGCGUUCACGCCUCUGGGAGAGACUGUCGCUCAGUUUCAAAAGGCUGGGGUCUCGGAAAAGGAGAUGAUCCAGCUCGUGGCGUGUGGGCAUACCCUCGGCGGCGUGCACAGUAACAACCACCCACAGAUAGUGCCAGGCGACAGCAGUAUAUGGAACGAUACGGUCGAGACAUUUGACCAGACGCCGCACAGUUUUGACAACCACAUUGCGACAGAGUACAUGCAGGGAGUGACGAGAAAUCCUCUGGUCAUGGGGCGGAACGACACGCUCAACUCGGACAAGCGCAUAUUUAGUUCUGACGGGAACAAGACGAUCAGCGAACUGGCAUCUCAGCCAAGCACCUUUGACGAAGUCUGCGCAAACGUCUUCCGCAAGAUGAUUGAUACCGUGCCUGCAAAUGUGGAGCUGUCAAAACCCAUCGAAGCUAUCGAAGUGAAGCCUUACAUCAUCGAUCUCUCGGUCGACAACGAUGGGAACUUGCAGUUUGCAGGUCGCAUUCGGGUUAGGACGACAGGCGGGAGAGACGAGAAGAGCUUGGUUGUCACUCUCACUCUCACCGACCGACAUGGCGAAACCUUCACGAGUCUCGUGGCGGCCUACUCUGGAAAUGCCACUGGUCUUUACGGGGAGACUUUUGCUUGGUACGAGUACCGCACCACUCUCAAUGGGCGGAGAGGUAUCAGCAAAUUUGAUGUUCACCUCGUCGACGCCGAUGGCACAGUUCAAGUCCACAACAAUGGUGGGAGAGGCUUCCGGGUGGAUGACUCGGUAGUCUACCAGCGUGCUGCCUCGUGUGUUUCCCGCUCGAGCUCAGGCGGUUUCAGAAAUGUGACCAUAACGGCAGCAGUCCGCAAAGAAAAGGCAGACUUGUCACUGUCAGUGGACGUGAUACGGCUCCAAAGGCGACAGGGUGUUAUUGUCAGGGCGAUGGAGGUAGAGAGAUUGGCCCUUCAAACCGGACAGACGCAUGGAGAUUGGGUUAUUCUCAGUGCUCCUGUUCAACUUGCGUCAACAGCAUGGGCCACAACAUUUGAUAUCAUCCAGGACGAUCCUGGCGGAAGCGGAUCAAAGUUGGAAUUUGUUCGGACCGAAUUAUGCCCUCGAAACUAGACUUGAAUAGGAAGGGAAAAGGAGCCCGAAAAGCAGAGCUCCAGCCCAUGAGCGCGUUUCACAGGACUCCCAAGUCGUUGGUACAAGUGCUCA